AGGACUUUAAACAAGUUACACUAUCUGAUGACUCUUCAAUGGAGCUGGAGAGUCCUCAAAAGACAGCGAUUUCUGAUGUCCAUUUAAAACAGUUUAAAAAAGAAGAAUUAUUAAGAAAUUUAGAUUUUGAAUUAAAACAAAGACUUGAACAAAUUGAAUCUUACUUUCUAUUGUUACGAAAUACUUUACAAUUAUGUGGAGAAAUGCGUCUUAGUCGUGUUCCACGAGCUAUACGAAAUACUAAACUUCGAGAUUAUUAUAAACAACAUAACAUAGAAAACAAAGAAAACAAACCUGAAUCAGUCUAAUUAUUUAGUUUUAUGUUUUUUUUUUGAUUUUUUAUAUAAUUUUUUCAAAUUUUUACAACUUGUUAAGUUGUUAAAAAUAGUUUUUUUAUAUAUAUUUCUUUAGAAUGUCUUUUAUGUUUUUUUCUUAUACAAGAGAAUGAGUUAA